CCUCCGCCAUUCGCACAGCAUACCGGAAGUAGACUUUUUCGAGAUUUUUCGCGUUAAAAAUAUCCUUAAACGUGUUGUGUCAAGGUGUUUCCAUGCGGCUUCACAGAGGAGAUGCCACGAUACUGCGCAGAAAAGCUUUGUCGAAACCGUGGAGGGACUUCAUCAAAACAAGACAAGAAAAUCAGCUUUUAUCCUUUUCCCUUGCAGGACAAGACCAGGCUCCAAAAAUGGGUAAACAACAUGAGGCGGGGGGAGUGGACCCCAAGUCGGCAUCAGUAUCUCUGCAGCGAGCACUUCACAGAGGACUGCUUUGAUAUUCGCUGGGGUAUCCGAUAUCUGAAGAAUACAGCUUUUCCCACCCUUUUUCCCUCAGUUGAGAAUGAAUGUGAAGACAAGGUUACCCUUCAGAGAAGUCCUAAAGCCAAAUCCCCGUCACAAGCUGAGGACUUUGAGCGUGAUACCACUAGGAUGCCUCUCAUUUUGAGAAAAAUGCACCCACCUGUUAAAGAAGAGUCUGCGAUGCUGCUCAAAGUCCCUCUCUUCCAAGAAUCAGAGAUCACUUCUCAGUCAAGUCUACCUGAGACACACACUACUGUCUGCGAGGUAACAGGUGACAGUGGAGUUUCAGCAAUGCCCUGCCUCACUCCGGCGAUGUGCUCCGAAGAGCAAACUGACUCGAUUGUGACCGUGUUGUGCUGCGAGACACUAGGCCCUCACUCCAGCAAUGCACAUUGUGCUUCUUUUGCAGCAGACCAGAGCCAGACAUUUCGUUUUGUGCCUGUGGGAUCGAUGAGAGACAAAUCUCUGGGGAGUUUUGCAGAGGAGACUGAGCCCAGCGACAGAGAGCAUGUUUUGGUUCACGAACACUCGUACUGCAGACCAGACACCGACAAAGACGAGUUGUGGAGUAAGAUCGUGAAUCUGCACGCAAAGAUCUUGGAACUGGACCGUAGAGAGGAGAGCACUGUGGCUAAAAUCCACACUUUAGAGAAUGAGAUUUCACUCCUGAAGAGGGAUGGGGCAGUUUUUAAAGAGAAGCAGAAAAUUUUAGAAGAUUAUAUAUCAUCUAUUUUACUCUGAUCUUUAGACAUUUGACUUGUGUUAUUAUUGCUUUUUCUGCAGCUAAUUUUGGUCAAUUAUUUGUCUUGGGUGAAACAGCUUCUGCAACAUGCUACUAUAUGUGCAGGUCUGAUGAUGUCCACGUGGUGGCACUGUGGUCAUUUUCAUUGCUUAACAGCUGUACAGGCCUAUUGGACAAAUUAGAAUAUUUUUGAAAAGGCCAUUUAUUUCAAGAACAUUAUCGCUUAGUAAAACAUUUUAUAAUAAUAAUUACAUACAGAUGGAUGUUUUAAAGUCUUUAUAUCUGUUAAUUAUGCUGACAUUUAAAAUUAAAAUAGAAUAUCAGACCAAUUAAAAAAAAAAACAUUUUUAAUAUAAAAAUGUAGUCAUAAUGAAAAAUAUGCUUUAUACCUGCUUAAAUGUUGUCAAUUUUCAAAAGGUACUUUUAUCCUGACAAAUGAGCCUAAUCAGGACACAUAUUCUAAUUUAUUAACGUAUCUAUUUUUAAAUGUGAACUGCACAUUUCACUUUUUCUCUGAAUGGUCCUAAAUUUCAUUUUACAACCUGCCACCAAUCUACAAGAUGAUUUAAAUUCAUUUUGGCUAUUCAGCUUCAUAAUCCUCCCCAUACUGUAGUCAUCAAUUUUUCAGGCUUUCCGUGUGGCGUUCGGAAAACUAUUCACCACUUUUCACGUCUGUAUGACUAUCAAUCAUAAUAAAAUAGAGUAUGGAGAAAUGUAAAAAUGUUUUCCACACUUUUAUUCCUUUCUAGUCACCAUAGUGACCACCAUUUCACCUCUUUCUUCACCUACCACAUCGAGUCUCGAGCAUUGUAGGAAUAAUUAUCUUGAAAAUCUUGAGCUCAAGCACUAACGAAGGUUUUGAUGGGCCGAUGGGAUUUGAAAUAUUUGUAGAUUAACAACUGUUAAUUCCUUAAUUGCUUACUUUCGUUAAGUGUACAUUUAAGUUAAGUUGUCUUUUUAUAUUAAACUUGUCAAUCAAGUAAUUUGGAAGCUAAGAAAACUGCGGAAAUUUGAUAUGAAAAAUCUCAUUUUUUCUGGCCCACUUUUUGGGGAUGUAAUUUUUAAUGGAACAGCCGAUGUAUCACAAAUCCUUUGACCACAGUGGUGUGCUACUAUUUUUUUAAUAAAACAACUGGUGUGACAAGUUGGCACAAAAACUAGUCAAAAGAAUGAAUUAUUUAGAUUUUUUUUUCUCUUGCAUGUUUUUCUCAAUGUUUAAGACACAGGUGUUUAUAAAUCCGGUAUAAAUACUCUUUCUUGUCACAUUGCAUCUGCUCAAUCAGCAGUCACUAGUGCGCCCCCAAGCGUCUGACUAACACUUUGGAAAUUUGAAUAAUUGAUGCCCACAAAGCAUGACAAGGCCAUAAGAAGAUAGCGAGGCUUUUCCAGGAAGCAGUUUCCGCCUGUUUGCAAUUCGACUAGGUAGAAAAAUAAAUGAAAAAAACAGCUAACAGGAUUUGCUGAGGUCAAGCUGAGGUCUUGGAAAACUUGGAAAAACUUUUGACGGAAGAAAUUGCAAGUGGGUUUACAAAUAAUCAAAAGCCUGGAUUGAAUAUAUUGACAGCCAUGUCUGCUGUAAUAACAUCUUUUAGGAUGCAUCAUAAAAGUAUUUUCUUUUCUGUAUCCUUCACUUAAAAUUUUCCUUCAAAAAUUUGCAAGUGGACUUCGAAAUGAGGCCGAUGUGCAUCAUCGCUAAAGCUAAAAGAAGCAAAGGGUGAACACUGCCUGACAAAGGACGUCUCAUCAACUGUCACUACUAUGCUUUCAUAUUCCGGCCUUUUUGAAAUAAAUUGCUGUAUUCCUUUAAAAAUGGGCUUCUCAGAAUUCCCCUUCUUCCCCCUCCCAUUAAGUCUGUAGUGAUGGUUUUAUACAAUGCAAUUACAUGAGCACAAACCUGCAGCAGGAUUUAUCUCCCACUUCUCCACCCUCGGGCUUUGAGUUAGUCACAGUUGUAUUUUGGCUGCAUCAGAUAGUUAAUCUUAUUUGAAGCAGAUAUAAAACAAAGCGCCACGGGCUCUCAGGAACAUUCUUAUCUUUCUUUUUUCUUCCUUUAUUUUUUUUCACUUGACGUGAACGUCA